UACUUCUUCGUAUAUUAAUAGUACUAAAAUAUUCAGUGUAUAAUAUUCCAUAAUAUCUUUUGAGUGACUCCGUUUGCCACUUUGCUUCCUUUGCACAUAUGGUGUGGUUUACGUUCAUAAAAUAUUUUAAGACGGUUUAUAUGAAUACGUAAAAAUAUUUCGUUAUAAUAGAAGAUGUUGUCAAACAAACGUUUAGUGGCUACGUGUGCCAUUGCAUUUAGUUGCAAUGUGGCAUUAUUGGUCCUGUUCGUGAAGUACAAUGCUGGAGAUAAGUGUUUUGUUACAAUCGACGAGAACCAAAAGGUAAUAGCAAUUAUGCCGGAUGAUUUCCUUAGCAUUGGUAUUGACACUUCAGAAGUGGAAGACUAUGAUACUAUAGAUUUCAAGAAUACAAGAUUUCGAGAUCUAGCCGCGGCGUUGGCGCCAGCCCGUUUGCGCCUAGGUGGCACUAUGUCCGAACGCCUAAUAUUCAGCCAAAAAGAUAUUGCAGCAACAUGCCACCACUUCCACUGUCCCAAAGAUCAGAAAUCUGUUUGUUCAGCUGUAAAGAAAAUGUGUAGGCACAAAUUUUUACCAUUCUUCAUUUUAACUGGAAACAAAUGGGAUGAAAUAAAUGAAUUUUGUAAAGCUGUUAACUUAAAAUUACUAUUCAGCUUCAAUGCUCUAAUUCGCGAUGAGCAUGGAUGGAGUGAUGUCAAUGCUAAAGAACUGCUACAGUAUUCUAAAAAUAAAAAAUACAAUUUAGACUGGCAGCUGGGUAAUGAACCAAAUUCGUACCAUCAUGUAUUCAAUAUUACUGUUACUCCUCAUGUGUUGGCUCAUGAUUUUAAAAAGCUACGUGGGCUAUUAAAUCAUUUUGGAUACAAUAAAUCAUUGCUUGUUGGUCCAGACACAACUCAACCCAGACCGGAACAACCCCAGUGCCUCAAGUACAUGGUUGAGUUUUUAGGAAAUGGAUCUCACAAUAUUAAUGUACGAUCCUGGCAUCAUUAUUAUUUGAAUAGUAGAACUGUUGUAUUGGAAGACUUUUGGAACCCAGACACUUUUGACUUGUUGAAGGAACGCAUUAACACAAUGAAGUUGGCCACAAAAAAAUAUGCUAACAUCCCAAUGUGGCUGAGUGAGACCAGUAGUUCAUAUGGUGGUGGAGCUCCAGGAUUAUCCAACUCAUAUGCGGCCAGUCCUCUAUGGGUAGAUAAAUUAGCUCUUUCUGCACAAAACAACAUCACAACCGUUAUACGACAGAGCUUUUUUGGUGGGAAUUACAGUUUAAUUGACAAAGAUUUGGAACCACUUCCAGACUGGUGGGUAAGUGUAAUAUACAAAAAGCUGGUGGGAAACAAGGUGUUACAUGUAGAUUGUCAGUGUUCACGCUUCCAAAGAAUGUACGCUCACUGCACCAACAGAAACUACACAGACGAUCUGACAGCAAUAACUAUUUAUGCUGUAAAUUUAGAAAUGGCCACAGCCAGAUUCCUUGUUAAUGGCUCUGCUUUGCAUGGAGAUAAUUUAUAUAUAGAUGAGUAUAUUCUAAGUGCACCAUCUAAUAAUAGAAGGACAAAGACCUUACUACUGAAUGGUUGGCCUUUGUAUUAUGAUUCAUCAUUACCAGAUUUGCAGCCUCGCAAAAUAAGAUUUGGGAAGCAUAUUUCAAUGCCACCAUAUUCAAUUGGCUUCUGGGUCAUCCAUAACACAUCAAUUAAGGUAUGCAAGUGAUCAAUUCUUAUUGCUGUAACAGACUACAAAUUUAUAAUUCAUUGACUGAUGUUGACUUGAUUGACUGACUAUUAAGUUCUUUAAAUAGCAUUUUCUGUUCUUUUAAACAUUCCAGUGAGUGAUACAGUGUAUUAGUUUAUACAUUUUUUUUAUUUAAUGUAAUUACUUUAUUUUCUAUUAAGAGACAUAUUAAGAGAUUUUACAUUAGAAAAGAUCCAUUGAAUAUUUCAUAUAAGUGCAAGCAAAAACUCUAGUGAUCAUAAAGUGAAGAAAAUUUAUAUUUCAGUAUACUUGUAUAACAUUGUUUAAUUCUUCAUUACUUAUGUUAUACAUAUUUACAUUAUAACUUCAUUAUUAAUCAUUACAAAUAUUUACCUAUGCUUUCUUAAUCAAAUGUCAAUUAGAGCUGCAGCAACUGAGAAGCUAUUUCUUCACAGGUUAGAAAUGAGACUGGCGAAAUUAUAGUAUUUAUUAAAUAAUAAUAUCUAGACAAUAAUUGCUCUAAAUACUAACUAUGACUAUGAAAAUGUGUCCAUUGUUAUGAUUUAUUUUAUUAUUGUAAUGUCCUUGUUUACUUUAUUGGAUCUGAAUAAUAUCUGUACUCAAUUUCUCUGCUAUAAUCUUCUAUAAUUAAAGGUGCAAACACCUAAAGUGCUUUAAAAACAAAAAUAUCUAUCAAAUAGAAUCUCCUUAAAGUUUUCUAUUACAUCAAAAUAUUAUUUAAAACGUUUUGUGCCAUUUCUGUUAUUUUAAAAUUAUACUUAAUAUAAGUAAUUUAUUUAUAAAUAUAAAUAAGAUAUCAGGUUAAUAUUAUGAAAAAGUAUUGGUCAGAAUGUAACAUAUAAUCCAAUAUGUAGUAAUAGUAUUGAUAAACCAAACAUUUAUAUGUACUUAGUAAGCAAGACUUUUAGGUGAAAAGUAAAUGACAUUUUGUUUUCAACUAAUGAAUUUUAAAUUCAAAGAUAUAAUUAUCACUUUGCUGCAUAGAUAUUAUUCACUAUACUUUCAUCUAAUAUUGAAUGAAGUUGCCUGUACCUAAGUUAAAUGUGUUCUAUGAAGUUUAUCCAGGUUUAUAGGUACUAUUGCUGAAUAUUGUUUAGCACUAUCUUUUAUUACAUACUUAUAUACUAGGUAUUAGGUACAAUUAUGUUAAUGUAACAUUUUAAGUGUAAUAUUGUAAUUCCUUGAUGUGUCACACUCCCUUAUCAUGUCAGAGUAACCUUGUUAAUAUGUCAAGGAGAAAGAUCUCUAUACAACAUUGAUCUAUUGACAUUGUUUGAUAUCAAGAGUAGUAAGUUGUGAAUGUGUAUUGUAAAAUGGAGCUACAAUCUAUCCACAACUACAUGGCUACUAUAAAUUCUAUUUUCCCCACCCGCCUGACUUCAUGGAAGGAAUUAUAGUAAGAUCUCGUAUAUUUUAAAAUAAUUAUUCAAAAUGCAUCCCAUUUAUUUACUUUUAAUGUAUAUUUUAAAUGUGAAAGAAUGAUUAAAAUGGAUUCCUUUUUU